UAGAUACGGCCCUGCACUUUGAACAGUAUGGCCGAUAGUGCAGUUUUGAAAGAGGAGCAAGUAUUAGAUGCAACGUCCAGAAAACGAAAAAUAAUAGUUUCUACAACUAAAGUUAUAAAAGUUGAGUGUAAUGAUUAAAGGUAUGACGGACGAUGAAGCUAUACAGGCCACAAAUGAUGAUGCCAGUGAGUGUAAAAGAUAUGCAGUGCAACUUGGAUACUGGUCUGAUCCAUUCAUCAAUUUUUUUGUGAAACAAACUACACGAAAGCCUCCCGAAAUCAAUCGUGGUUACUACGCAAGGGUCAAGGGCAUAGAAGUAUUCAUCGACAAAUUCCUUAAACUGUCAGGUGACAAGAGUCAAAUUAUAAAUUUGGGUGCUGGUUUUGACACACUUUAUUGGAAACUCAAGAAUGCUGGAAAUAAUCCUACAAACUUUGUAGAACUAGAUUUUCCUAGUAUUACAGCGAGAAAAUGUUAUCACAUUAAAAAACAUAAACAAUUGAUAGAUACAUUAAAUACAGAAGACGGUGAGAUAAGGUUUUCAACAAUAGAUUUACACGCUGCUAAUUAUCAUUUGAUAGGAACAGAUUUGCGAGAUAUAUAUGAAGUAGAAAAAAAAUUAACGCAAGCUGAAGUUAAUUUUGAUUUACCAACCCUAUUUCUUGCGGAAUGUGUUCUAGUAUACGUAGAUACUAGAGCAGUUUCAGUACUAUUACAAUGGCUUGCAGAUAAAUUUCCAAAUAGUUUAUUCGUGAGUUAUGAACAAAUAAAUAUGAAGGAUAAAUUUGGGCAAGUAAUGCUCUCAAAUUUACGUAGUCGUGGAUGCUUAUUGUCAGGAGUCAAAGACUGUAAAACGCUAGAAACUCAACAAAGACGAUUUACAGUAAAUAGAUGGGAAGGUUCUAAUGCUUGGACAAUGGUAGAAGUAUACGAUUCACUGCUUCAAUCGGAUCGCAUUCGAAUUGAGCAUAUAGAAAUGCUUGAUGAACGAGAGCUUCUCAUUCAAUUACUACAACAUUAUUGUAUUGCAAUUGCUUGGAAUGGACAAACAUUUAAAAAUCUGUCUAUAGCACAGGGUUGAUUUUCCAAAACUUUUUCAGUUACUCCAGGUAGUGAUAAAGUAUAAUCAAAUAUUGGUAAGUUCACGAAUCAUUCAUUAUAAUAGCCAGGGGAAAUUAAUUAGAAAUCUCAUAGAAGCAUAAAGAUUCUAUAUAAAUUUAUAUAUUUGUUUGAAGUAAAUAAUAUUUUUGUUAGUUAAAGAAACAAAGAAAAGAAACAGAUUUAUUUUUGUGCAUUUGCGAAAAGGUGUGUACAUGUUUUAAACUGCAUCAAAUAUAUAUUCCUCUGUCUUCUUUUGAAUUUAUUUAUUUUUUAAGAAAUAAUAUAAAGCAGAUAAAUAGAUGAGAUCCAUAAUAAUUAUUUAUAUAACAAUGAUAUUGGCAACUCAAUGGUCAAUUGAUAGUAUUUGAAACUACUCCUUUCUUGUAUAAAUGAAACCUCAAUUUAUAUACAUAUAAGAUUAAUUGCUUCCGAACUCUAAAAAUAGAAAUAGUUAAA